AUGGAAAUUUUACAAAAAUUCAUGAUGGUACCUCAAAAUAUCAUUAAUGCUCUUAAGACUAUUAAAUCCUAAACAAACAAAGUUGAAAAUAUUUUUAUAGAACCACUUGCUUAUUGCUAAAAUUCAAAAGUAGAAACAGUUCAAAUGAUAUAAAUUGAUCAAAUAAAAAAAAGAACAAAAUUAACUAUGAACUAAUAAACUCAAACAGAACAACAACCAAAAACUGGAUAAUUAUUGAGUAUUAAUUCAAUACCAAAGAUUGAUUCACAUUAGAAAAGUAAACUUGAAUAAGUCCCUUCUAAAUCAAAUAAAAAAUACACUAAAUUACUUAACAAAUAGAUAAUUUAAGAUGAAAGUUUAAGUAGAGCAUCUGAUUAAACAGAACCAUCAUAAUAUUCAUAUUGUCAAAAUAAUUUUUUAACAGCCUUAGAGAGAAAUGAAGAGGAAUAUAUACCGGAACAAAUAAAAGUACACCAAUUGAAUCGAAUAAAUUAAAAAUAAUACAGAAGCCAAAUACUCAAAAAUUACUUAAACAAAUUUAAAGAUAAAUACACAGAUGAGAAAUAAAUAUUAAAGUCCACAAGAACUUAAUCCUCAGAUGAAAAAUAAGAGAGUGUUGAUUAAAAAGAAUUAGAAAAUCACCAAUAAUAACAUACACUGGUUUGA